CGUGGAGUGAUCUACUUCGGCAGGAUACCGCACGGGUCCUACGAAGACGAGAUGCGCGCAUACUUUUCGCAGUUCGGCAACGUCACGCGCCUCCGAAUCUCACGCAAAAAGAAGACUGGGCACUCGAAAUACUGCGCGUUCAUCGAGUUCGACUCCGCAUCCGUUGCGGAGAUCGUCGCAGAGACGAUGGACAACUACCUCCUCAUGGGACAUAUCUUCAAGUGCAAGGUCAUUUCGAACGAUCAAGUUCACCCCAAGCUAUGGGUCGGCGCAGACAGGAAGUGGCGCACCGUGCCGCGCGUUGUGAGAAUGCAGCAUGACAAGAAACGCACGGGGAAAGAGCAGGGGAAGGCGGAGGAGCGGCUGCUCCAGCGCCAGAGCCUGAAGAAAUGCAAGCUCGAGGAGGCGGGCAUCGACUACGACGCCGUCGCA